AGCUUGCGCCCAGUGUGGACUUGAGACAAGACAAGCAACAAGACUGCAACAUAUUACGUGGAAAAGACUUCCGGUGUGACAGCUGACUCGCAUUAAAAGCAUGCAGCACUACGGCGUGAACGGCUACUCGCUGCAUGCCAUGAACUCCCUGAGCGCCAUGUACAACCUUCACCAGCAGGCGGCGCAACAGGCGCAGCACGCUCCCGACUACAGGCCCUCCGUGCACGCGCUCACCUUGGCGGAGAGACUCGCUGACAUCAUCCUGGAGGCUCGUUACGGCUCUCAGCACCGCAAACAGCGUCGGAGCCGCACGGCCUUCACCGCCCAGCAGCUGGAGGCCCUGGAGAAGACCUUCCAGAAGACGCACUACCCCGACGUUGUGAUGAGGGAGCGGCUGGCCAUGUGCACUAACCUGCCCGAAGCUCGUGUGCAGGUUUGGUUCAAGAACCGCAGAGCCAAGUUCCGUAAGAAGCAACGCAGCCUCCAGAAGGAACAACUGCAGAAACAGAAGGAGACAAGCGCUGAAGGAGGGGCCGAGAAGGAGGCCACCACCGCAGGCUCCGCCACCGUCAUCCCAGACUCCCACUUACCUCCGUCCACCUCCGCCUCUCUGGAGACAGAGUGUCCGACUGUCCCGCUGGACAUGGAACUUAAUGUCACGUCGGCAGAGCAGUCUGGCAGCGAGUCUGCAGCGGAGGAUAAUGGCACGGAUAAGGAGGAAGACAGUAAAUGUCAACGAGAGGAGAUGGAGAGUGAGAGAGCGGGGACACCGGGAGAUGUUUCUUCACCUUGCAGAAGACUCAGCCCUAAACCAGACUCUCCUCUGGUCUCUCCAUCCGUUACUCCUUCCUCGUCAAGCAGUGGCAUGGGCGGCGCCGGCGGUCCCCUCUCCCAGAACCACUCAUACUCCUCAUCCCCCCUCAGCUUGUUUCGCCUGCAGGAGCAGUUCCGCCAGCAUAUGGCUGCCACCAACAACCUGGUGCACUACCCUGCUUUCGACCUGGCCGCCCCCUCUUCCCUGCCCUACCUGGGAAUGAAUGUCAACAUGCCCCCAGCACCGCUGGGCAGCUUGCCGUGCCAGUCUUACUACCAGUCGCUGUCCCAUCACGCCCAGCAGGUGUGGAAUAGCCCGCUUCUGCAGGCGUCGACUGCGGGCGGACUGAGCAACCACAACAGCAAGACCACCAGCAUCGAGAACCUGCGGUUGAGGGCCAAACAGCACGCAGCCUCCUUGGGAUUGGACACCUUGUCUAACUAAGAGUUUCAAGUAGCUGGAAACUUUAUCCUGUGUCAAAAGCAACAUUUCUAGUAGAAAAAAAAAAGGACCUUUCUUGCCUAAGUGAAGAAGCGUUGAUGACUCCUACUUUGAACUCAAGAUGAGGAAAGAAUAUGAGAAAUGAACACACGUUUUAAGAAAAGUUAUAGACCAUAACGUGGUGUGUACAAGAAUAAUGUGAACAUAUGAGGCACUUUUGAGGGAUCUGGCAUGGUGACCACAAGGUUCAAGUUGUGGAGCCCUACACAUGAGAUAACACUGGGCAACAAUAUGAAAAAGACGAAAAUCUCUGGUUUAGGUUUGACAGCUGUUUAUAAAACAUUUUUGGGUGCAGAAUCUAAAUGUGAUCUCAGUUUUUCUCUAUCGCGUCAUUUUUUUCUUUACUGUUGACCAGUUUGUUCUAUAACACAUGUAAACAACUAGCCAUAUCUCUUGUAAGACGUAGUGUUAAAGUAACAUUGCACUUGUAGUUGCUUUUUACAUUUCAUUGUGUGUCAGUAUUAGAUAAUUUUUUG